AUGCCGGCCAUAUUCGAGGAUCCAUGGCCUGAAGAUAAGGUCAAGAUAUCGCUACAAACCGCCGCAGUUAAUCAUAUCCAAAUUAUUGAGAUCUUUCUCAAGCUCAUACCGUACUUCAAACAUGAUGAUGCGGGUGGUAUUCAUGAUGAAGCUCUGGCGUACUCAGAGUGGCGCUACGUGAAUUACAUCCGCUAUUUACGCAUUUUCGGAGUGGCACCAAAUGACUAUCCACCUCCAUGGGAUGUUGCCAUCAUUUGGUACUGCCAUCUUCUGUCACCCGGCAAAUUCCACCGAUAUCUUUGGGACGGCCAAUAUCGCAGUUAUGGCUUGAACCAUCACCACUUCCCACUCACCCGCUUGUUACAGCUGUACAACUCUGGCAUAUGGUCCGAUAAAAAGGCCCAGAAGAAAUGGGAACUCUACAAUAAGAGGAACUAUAGUCCAAGACUACCAUUCCAACUUUGGCGGUACCCUCCAUGGCAACCCGAGCGAAAGUCUAAACUGCCUUUGCCUUUUUCAAACAAGCAGCCAUGUAUGCAGAUGAAGGCGGACCCGGCGAUCAUAAUGCACGACUUCGACGGCAAAGUCGCCUGGUGCACCAUUAUGGGAAAGAAAGAGUGGACAUUGUCUGAGUGGACAGAUGUCAGGAUAGGAAGAAGACGAGAUCUUUGCGUGAAGAAUACCUUACACAGCAAGGACGGGGAAAUUUGCCAGCUAGCUCCUUGGCCGACUCUUGAUGACCUGCGCGAUACCUUGAACAGCCAGAUUGCGUUUUGGAGCACAAUCAUCCAGGCACGAGACAGCCAGGCCUCUUUCGCGACGACUCUCGGCAGCUCAAUUGGCGAUUACGAACGAUUCAUCAAGUUGCUCGGACGGCCUGCCGAAGGAACCUUUACUUCACGCCCACUGGAAUACGACAUGGACACAAUCUUUCGCUUCAAGUCUGGAACCCACUUGCUGGGGAGCCGCUGCAUUAUACCUCCAACCCUGGUGAUCGAUCUUCUUUGGCACACGCAUCGGCUUUACCCAGGCAGCUAUUGGGUGUGGAGCUUCAGCGUCGCAAGGAGACUCAUCGACUAUGAGCACACCACGUCAGCAGCGGCAGCAGCCAUCUUUCUCAACGACACAAGGAUCGAGUGGGCGAAGAAGUAUGGCGGACCUUGUCCCACGGAUCUCGUCAUGGAUGAGCUGGGAGGAGAUGGGUAUGUCCCUGAUGCGGCGGCUGUUCCACCUGGCCACCCUGCCAAGGUGAAAGCGAAAUGGGUUCUGGGUGGUAUCAAUCCCAUUCGGAAGAGAAAGAGGCGGACAAAGGGCGAGUAUCACGUUUUUGACGGAGUAUAUGUAUCUUUCGACAGCGGUGAUUUUGGUGGCGGAGGAGAUGGAGGAGGUGGCGACGGAGGAUGUGGUGGCGACGGAGGUGGAGGAGGAGAUGGCGGAGGAGGAUAG